AUGGCAAGAGAAUUAUGGUUAACUCACCCAGGAAACUACGGUCCAGGUUCCAGACAAUGCCGUAAGUGCGGAAACCACCACGGUCUCAUCAGAAAGUAUGGUCUCAACAUGUGCAGACGUUGCUUCCGUGAGUCCGCCAACGCUAUUGGAUUCCACAAACUCUCGAGUCUGUCCUCAAACCAAAGCAUCUCAACCACUACUUUGGAAGAGUUACAUCAGUCGAUUUACUCAACAUUCAACAAGUAUUGGGACAAACAACUCAACGACCAAGCAACAACUUGGAUCUCUAUCUCAGUUUGGGUCUAUUACAAAAGUCGCCAAGCCUUGUUCGAAGGUGACGACCAAUCGGUGAUCUAUCAUGUCAAAAAAUUUGUUUCUACCUCCAAUUCAUUUAAAGAUCUCCAAGGAAAGGCUCUGGAUACAUUUGAAAUUAUUUUGAAGCAACAAGAAAAAGAUGUUCCCUUGAACGAUUCUACAAUGUGUUCUAAAAUCGUAUCUUCUGGAAAAUUGGUUGUUAGAUUGUCUGACCCAGCUGCUAGUGAAGAUUCUCAACAAGACGUGAAUCAAUUUGUUUGGGUUACGUAUCAAGGUGAACAAAAACGAGUUAUGGUGAAUGAUGACGAGGAUUUCAUUUUAACUGUUUUAAAAUCUUUUCAUGUUCCUGAAUCUCUUCUCCGUGCCUCUAGCCUUGUACAAGACGAAAAAGGCAACACAUACACAGCCAAGAACUCUUCUGAAGACACAAAUCGCGUUCUAUCAACUCAAAAUAUCCAAAAUGAUAUCAAUGUAAUGGAGGGUAGGAAUUUAUCAACACUAGAUACUAUUAAAUGGUAUCCACUUGUCCCGAUUAAACCAGAUGACAAGGUAACAGGUGAUCUACGACUAAAGAUACGUUUCGACAAGGAAAAGGCCGAAAAGGACAAGAAUCCUUUUAUCAAGGCUAUCAAGGAUCAUGAUUUGGUUGCAUUUGAGCAUUUAUUGGCAAAACCAAAGAUUGAUAUCAACGUUUGUGAUACUGAAGGUGUUCCUGCCACCCAUUUAAUUGCCGUAUUCAAAUAUAACAUCAAGAGAUAUUCAAGGAAAUACACCAUUACAUUUAUUUGCACAAAUUAA